CAUUAUUGGAGCAUAAUAGUUAGAGUUAGAUCAAGUUAUACUAUAGAUCUAGUUGUGAAUAGAUGGCUCGCAUUGUAAAGCUCAGUUUAUGUGGGCAGCUGCUGAGAGUGAGCCUCAUAGCUUUCAACGUGAUACUGGGGGUACUGGGUAUGGCCCUUGUCAUAGUGGGAAGCAUCAUGGUUGCCACGGGUAACUUGCUGGAGUUUCUGACUGGGAGUGUGAUAGUGGGUGGUGCAACCCUCAUCAUAUUGGCUGGACUAGUAACUUUCAUCAUCUCUGCCAGUGGGUUAGUGGGUGCCAUUCUGCUCUCAAAAACACUGCUUGGUUUCUAUUUAAUAGCUGUUACUCUGGUAAUGAUGUUAGAGCUGAUCACUGGGAUUUUGGGUCUCGUCCACAAAGACAAGAUUGAAGGAACAGUUACUCAGUUAGCACAUCGAGCCAUUGAGGACUAUAGACUCAACAAAACUGAUACAAUCAAUGCAGUGGAUUUAAUACAGGCCCAGUUUUCUUGCUGUGGGUGGAACUCAUCAUUGGACUGGGGCAAUUCCUCUGUACCAGCCAGUUGUCAAUGCACAACGGCAGAUCUAUUCUGUGACAAAGAUACACUUUUAUGGGCGGAUGGCUGCAAAGACGGCGUGGUUGAGUUCGCUAAAGAGGGUGUUUUCAUACUAGCAUUAGUUGGCCUUCUAUUUGGUGCUGUGCAGGGUUUGUCAUUGCUAAUGAUGGGUGGUCUCUGUGUAUCAAUCAAAAAAAGUACAGAGACUUACUACAGAGUCACAUGACAAAACUCGAUCAACGAUUUUGUAACUAUUUUUCAAGAAGGGUAAUAAUAUCUAUUGUUCACUUUGACCUGUAUACUUAAUAGGAACUUUUUGCAUGCUCACUUGAAAUCAGGUUAUCAGUGUAAUUCUUUGUCUGUCGUAUUUUUGUACUUUGUUGUCUUAGGAUAACUUCAGUUACAGCAAGAGUACUGUACAUAGAAAAAUGAUUAAGC